AUAAAAAGAUCAUAAAUGACCAAAUUUUCAUCAUAUCAUUGUUCAUAUCAAUACAUAAGAAAACAACAUAAAUGGCUCUGAAUCUCUCUUUCAGACGGUCGCUCCCAACUCUUCACAUCCUUCCAUUUUCCUUUCUCCACUCUACAAUCCCUUUCGAAUUUUCUGCCUCAUUUAUUAAUUUGCGCAUUUCGUUCUCUUCUUUGGGGUGCAAUUCAGAUACAUUAUACCAUUACUACAGCUUCACUGGUCCCGAGUCCUACUACACUUCGUUUCUUGAAAACUCGAAGCACAAGUGUCAUCUAAACCAAAUCCACGCCCAGUUAUACGUAGCCGGACUACAUAACAAUGGCUUCAUAUUCACUAAAUUCAUCCAUGUGUGUUCAAAUCUCGGCGAAAUCGGCUAUGCCCGCCAGCUGUUCGAUGCAUUUCCCGAACCAUAUGUGUUUUUGUGGAAUGCAAUUAUCAGAGGGUAUGCAAGACAUGAUCUUUACAGCGAGGCCGUUGAAACGUAUAGAAAAAUGCAACACGUAUUUGAGAGGCCCGACUGCUUUACAUUACCUUACAUUCUAAAGGCUUGCGGUGACUUACCGGCUUUUCAGGUCGGUCGCGCUGUUCAUGGACAGGUUUACAGACUAGGGUUUGAGUCUGAUGUUUUUGUGCAAAACAGUGUUGUUGCAUUUUACACCAAAUGUGGAAAGGUCGUUCGUGCCCGUGUUUUGUUUGACCGGAUGCAUGAUAGAAAUAUUGUUUCAUGGACUUCAGUUAUUUCAGGGUAUGCUCAGAAUGGACAGCCUUAUGAUGCUCUGAAAAUUUUCAGUGAAAUGAGAGGAUUGAACGUGGAACCUGACUGGGUUGUACUUGUUAAUGUUCUGAGGGCUUAUGCUGAUGUAGAGGACUUGGAAGGAGGUAAAUGUGUUCAUUCUCUGGUGAUUAAAAUGGGACUUGAGUUUGAGCAGGACUUGCGGGUAGCCCUUACAGCGAUGUAUUCUAAAUGUGGCCAAGUGAUGGUUGCAAAUUCUUUGUUCAGUGAAUUAGAGGACCGGGAUGUGAUUCUUUGGAAUGCCAUGAUAUCUGGGUUUGCAAAACAAGGUCAUGCUAAUGAUGCUGUUGAGCUUUUCCAUCAGAUGAUAGCAAAGAAUAUUAAACCUGAUUCUGUGACUAUACAGUCUACAAUUCUGGCUUGUGCAGAAGUACGAUCACUGGAUCUAGCAAGAUGGGUGGAUGAUUAUGUCAUUAGUAGCAAAUACCAAAAUGAUGUUGUUGUUAAUACAGCUCUUAUUAACAUGUAUGCAAAAUGUGGAUGUGUAGAUUUGGCAUGCAAAGUAUUUGAUCGGACAGCAAAUAAAGAUGUUGUUCUAUGGAGUGCUAUGAUAGUAGCUUAUGGUUCACAUGGUCAGGGCAGAGAAGCUAUUGAUCUUUUCUAUGCAAUGAAACAGGCAAAGGUGUCCCCAAAUGGUGUCACUUUCCUUGGGCUCCUUAUGGCAUGCAAUCAUUCAGGACUUGUGCAAGAGGCAUGGGAAUUUCUCCACAGUAUGAGAGAUUAUGGAAUUGAACCUUGCCACCAACAUUAUGCUUGUGUUGUUGACCUGUUGGGGCGUGCUGGAUAUUUAGAGAUGGCCCGUGACUUUAUCAUGAGAAUGCCAAUUGAACCAUCUAUUUCAGUUUGGGGAGCACUAUUGAGCGCAUGUAAGAUCCAUCGACAUGUGACACUGGGUGAAUUUGCUGCAAAAAGACUUUUUGCUUUAGAUCCACUUAACCGAGGUCAUUAUGUGCAGUUGUCAAAUCUUUAUGCCUCGGUGCAUAUGUGGGAUGGAGUUGGUAAGGUAAGAAUGUUGAUGAAGGAGAAGGGAUUGAUUAAGGACCAGGGAUGUAGUAUGAUUGAAAUCAAUGGCAAGCUAAAUGCUUUCUGUAUGGGAGAUAAAUCCCAUCCAAAAUCAAUGGAGAUAUAAAAAGGGCUUGAGAGUUUAGAGAGAACUUUAUUUAUCCCAGAUAAGGAAUCUGCUUUGCAUGAUUUAGAUGAGGAAGGCAAAGACAUGGCUCUCUGCAACCAUAAUUAGAGACAGCAAUUUCUUAUGGGGCUUAUCAAUACUCCAGGGGCUAUGCUUAGGAUGAGAAGAAACCUAAGGGCAUGUGUGAACUGCCAUUCAGCAACCAAACUAUGGACUCCACCUCCUUGCCUAGAUAUGAUUGUGAAUAGAAGUAGAAAAGAAGAAAAAGCAAAGAGACUUUUGUAGCAAACAAAAGAAGAAUACGCCAGGAGAGUCAGCAUGGCUAUGGUGAUGAUGAUGGUGUUGAAGGUGAAGUAGAUUUUGUACAGGAAGAUCUGAAAGUGCCUUUUCACUGUCGUAAUUGCUCUGGUAUGUCAAUUCUAAUUCUGGAGAUGUAAUAUGUAGUACAUACACAAAUCUCAAUACACUAACAUUAAUACAAGUAGCUCGAAUACAAAUUAUUUAGCAAAAGAUUACAAAUGAUAGCAGAAUGUGAAUUAUACAUUAACAGAUAAUAUUUUUCACACUGCUAAUUAUUAACCUAGUGGAAAGAAAACCACAUCCUUUGCAAGAAUGAUAUUAAUAAAAGACAUGAUAAGCACUUGACUAGCCAGGCACCUGCUAAUUAUUCAGAGCUGGAAUCCUGAACACUAAUAGGUAGUUCCUUCCAUUUUACUUGGUGCUUCAUGGUGUUUUUCUUCCUCUCAUGAUUCUUUCUCACCAUCAUCAUCUUGCCUUGGGUUUUUCCC